GACCUACUUCCUACAUCCGGGACUUGGCGGGAGAAUUUCAAGAUGGCGGCGCAGCUAACGGAUGAAGAGCUGCGAGCGGAGUUGAAAGCUUUAGGCCAAAAUGUUGGCCCCGUUACGGCGACCACACGGCGUCUGUACGAGAACAAGCUCACACAGCUUCGUCCCAGCGAAGGAAAUCCUCCACGGCGGCGUCGGGGCGAAACCGUCGCGAAAACUGAUCGGGUUCAGCUCGGACGAGAGCGAGGGAGAAGCCGCGGACAGGAACGGGCAGAAAUUCCGACACAGACGAACCCCGAAGUCUCGGCCGUCCCGGACACCCAACAGGUCAGAGAAUUCGUACGACAGUGUAGCAGACUCGAGGGGAACUUCCACGAAGUCCCGAGCGAGUUUGGAUUCGCGGUCGGGGCGGAAAGGCGGAGUUUUGGGGAGUGUUGUCGCGACCAGGCGGCGCGGCGCCACUCCGCCUGUCCACGGCCACCAACACCCCACGCCAGACGACUAUUCAGACACAGACGGAGACUUACUCCCGGACGGGCAGCAGAGUUUCGCGGCGGGGGGAGACGACUCGACCAGCGUCAACGGACAGGACAGUUUCGACAUGAACCGUACCUUCAGCAAGUCUGGCGGCGCCGACUCCAGCCCGCUGGGCUUCGGCCUCAGCACGUGGGGCAGGGGCGCUUCCAACAACUCCAACACUCCGCGAACAAGCACCCCAACAAAAAAACCUACUGCAUCCCCACCCGAUCUGGGCGCCAACGCCAGACACAAGCCCCUCGCCAACCAUGCAACAAACCACGUCCACAGCAAUAAGAAACAGAGCAAAAUGACUGUCUGGGUGUCGUCACCCCUCUCCAGACCCCCUCUCCCCACCCAUCGCCGACCCCCUUCCAACACCGCCCCAACCGCCCCACAACAACAGCCCAACGGCGGAACUCCAGUCGCGAAGGAGUACGACAACACCGGAGACGAUAUUCUGCAGAAAGAGUUUCAGACCGCCGAAGACUUGAACAGUGUUUCAGGUGGUGUAUACUGGGGCCAGUAUGUGUCCAGAGUCCUACUUGUCCUGAUGGCUCUGUUCUUCCUGGCGCUGGCUCUGAUGUACCUGAACGUUCGCUGGGACCUGCUGGUAACACCCAAGACAACCACAGAUAAUUUCCUGCUAUGUGGACCUGAUGUUAACACUGAGGGCUGCAGUAAGAGCCAGGACGAGGUUGCAGAAGCCUUAGAGAUGGUUCAUCACCUGCACCAGAAACUGUCCCAGCUGGCAGGUGAAUACUUGUGUGGGGACCAGGAUUUCGGCUUGAGCCGUAACAUGUCCAGAAGUGACGCCGUGCAGUUCCUUUUGAAAUAUCGCUGUUCCAAGCUGGUGUUUGAGCGAGCCCUGAGACUGAUCGCAGAGAACCCACACUGGGGCGUCAGACUGCUGACCCCAGAAGGAUCAGACACAGCAGACGUGGGAGCUGUGGGCUGGCUGGAGUCCUCCCAGCCUGACAUGCCGCUCCUGUGCCGUCUGCAGCGAGCCUUUUCUGUCGUGUUCCUCAGGAUACUGGCUGUACUCGCAUGUGUGGCCCUGGUGUGGGGAGGAGUUGAGCUGAUGCGGUACAGAUGGAGGAGGCAGGAGGAGGACAACAGACUCAUGUAUAACAUGAUCGAGCGCAUCCUAGAUGCGCUGAAGAAGCAUGCGGAGGCCUGCAGGCACAACACAGACCUGCAGCCGUACCUGGCCAUCCCACAUGUCCGAGACAUGCUCAUCCCUCCACAGGAGAGGUUAAAGCUGGGCCAGGUUUGGGACCGUGCUGUGAAGUUUCUGUCCGCGAACGAGUCUCGUAUCCGGGUGGAGUCGCAGCAGAUCUCCGGGGAACCCUUCACUGUCUGGAGAUGGAUCAACGUCGACACGCCCAACAACAGACUCUAUCCACCAAUCAACGAGCUGUCUCUUACCAGUCAGAAUCAUUCAAACCCUGAGGCAGCGUCAGGUCUGCCACAGUUCCUACUCGGGGCACCCAGGACGGGAAGAGUAAAAGCGUGGCAGGGGGAAGCGUUUGACGUGGACUCGUCUGUGAAUUCCAAGCCGUACAGCCCGACUCCCUGUCUGAAGAUCAGGAACAUGUUUGAUCCUGACAUAGAGACAGGUGAAGACUGGCAUGUCCAUAUCCAAGAUGCCAUCCUGGAGAAGUGUGGAGAUAACAGUGGCAUAGUGCACAUAGCUGUGGACAAGUCCUCCAGAGAAGGCUGUGUGUACCUGAAGUGCAACUCCCAUGAUGCAGCAGGGAAGGCAUUCAGAGCCCUCCAUGGAUCAUGGUUCGAUGGUAAGCUUGUGACAGUGAAGUACCUGUGGUUAGACCGGUAUCACCAGAGGUUCCCCGACGCCCUGCACGCCGCCGGCCCCCUGCGACCAUCUAACCCCCUCAAAACAUCCCUCAUGCACCUAGACAAGGUCGAGGUCGAAGACCACUUACUGUAAAUCCGAGGGGGGGUGGAGAUAUGGGGGUUGUGUUGGAGGGGGGGCGUCUAUGUGUUUAAGGUACGGAGGUAGUAGGCAAGAUACCCAGUUGUACAGUUUCGACGAAAAACGGUUUUUGAAAUUUCCUACCGUAACUGUUAACAGUGAUAGGUUUUGAACACGUCCUUCAGAUACUGAAUUCGUACAGGAGUGGUGAUUCUACACAAAGCCCAAAUUGGUGCAGAGAAGAUUUCAAUGGUGUGUUUUCGUUGUCUGCUGUUUUGAAAAAACGAGAAAAAAGCGUGACGGGGAAAACGUCGCAAAUGUACAGUACAAGCAAAGAUGCAAACAUGAAGUAUACUGUUGCAUUCCGCCGUACCUCGAAGACUAUUACUUGGUGAGGUUAGGUGUUUCUACUGCCUCCGUACCUGUCUUUGGGGGGUGUCUGUUGGGAAUACGAAGGGGGGGGGUUUACCCAACAAUGGCCGUUGCCUUCAUCCAUGAUAUCACAUUGUACAUGUCUGGACAUGCCAGUAAAUAUUGCAAACAGUUUUGUGCAGUUUUAGGGAAGGGAGGUGGCGCAACCUGAAAUAGGGGUGCUCUGAAUGUUCUGUGUCAAAAUGUGGUGAUGAGUUCAAUUCCUAAAGAUUUGGAGAAAUGCCUUCCCAUGAUUCUGAUCCCCCCUUUUCACAUAAUUUUGGUCCAUCCCAUUCUAUAAAUAGACCACUGCUGCCUUUUGAUACUGUCUGUAUGUUUUUUUUCUAUUAUUUCAUAAGCCAAUUCACAAUUUAAAUCUUUGAAAUUGCUCGUUGUCUCCCAAAAGAUAUGAUACACUUCCAACAAACAUUUCGUCUGAAAAAAAGACAGUUCUUUUGAGACUACCACAAAACUGGCACGUAGAACUUCAGAAACAGCCCCUGACUGUACAUGUAUCUAGGUGGGGCGGGUUGCCUUGACAACCGACUUGCUUACUGGUGCUUGGGUGCUUUAUAUCAUUGUUUGUCUGAAACACUUUGUAUCAUUUUUGGUAUCUGAAUAUUUCUACUUCUUUCCUGUAGAAGCAAGAAGAAAAAAAAGCAAUGCCCUUUUGUCACCUUUUGUAUGGUGAAGAGUUUUCCGCUCAUAAGAUGUAUGUAUGGUGGCUUUGUAAACUUAAAAGGUGGCCAAAGCUCUGUUUAUUGUGAAGCUACAUAGGAGCCCUGCAUUUAAACCGACAACCGUCUAACCAGCAUUGGCAUAGGACCAUGUCUGACCAAUGAGCUUGCAUCUUUCCUGAAUCAUGCGCUCUGAUUGGCUCAGAGAAUUUUGCUAUGCUGGAUACACAGUGCCCAGUUCUAGCCUCUACCAGGCUUCGGGAGGCGGCUGGAAAGGGUAGAAAUUGGCCAAGUAGAGAGAUGACAUGCCGGGGGAGUUGGUCCACAAAGUCUUGGGUGCAACAAACUUCACUUUUCUAGCGGACCAACUUCCCUGGCAUAUUAUUUCUUUCUAUUUGGCCUAUUUCUUCUCUUUCCAGCCGCCUCCCGAAGCCUGGUAGAGGCUAGCGAGGUUCCACAGUCGAUUGACAUGUUGUCCUAUACCAGUGUUGGGAGCUGUAGUGGUUUGGUGCGUAAGGUAUCAGUCAGUACAAGGGCCAGCCGACACAUGUAAAUGUAAAACUGUAAAUACUCGCCUCGCCGCUGUUCAUAACUUCAGCUGACCGCCUCGGAGACGUUACGGCCGCGUUCACAGAGCGCGGCGCGAUCUUAUUGCUGUACAGAAAAAUGCCCUAAAAAAUCACAGAGGCUCGCUUUAAGCACCACCCAUUGUACUCUGUAAAUCUGUUAACGGAGCAACGGUUGUCUUCAAAAUGGCCGGACAAAAACUUGGGUGGAAUAUACAAUGUAGCAGCACACAAUUUUUUUGUGUGCAUCCUUGUCAAGUGUUGAUAAGACAACGUCGGGUGGAUUUUGUGACAGAAAGAAAAUGACAAACAAAUUUUGAUCAGAAAGCGUUCGUACGUCCCGCCAAGUUUUUCCCUCGGCCAUUUGCGACUGUUGCAGGUAUUUUCGAGCAGUAGGGCUACAGUAUUGUAUAUUGUAGAUAGGUUCCAAUUGGAGUUAUUUGUAAUGUAACGGGAUGGUAACACUGUACUCUCGGCAGGUAUGGGGGAGGGGGGCAGGAAGACUGGUCCACCCGACAAGUGUGAAGAGGGGUGAAACUUAACUGAAAGUCAAAAAUUAACAUCUCCUUUUUACUGUUAACAUCAUUGUAAGACUGAUUUUCUUAAAAUAAUGCCUACAAACAGUUUUUAAGGCUUCAAUUUCGUUUUCUAUCUCUCUCAAUGUGUUAUGCCCUCCCACUUUUGAUUCAACACGUUUUGCCCACCCCUGUUCGGGCUUGGCCAGGACCAGCCCAGAUUGCCCCGCUCGUGUGUUGUUUCGCCAUGCUGGCCAGCCUUAUGUAGUAGUCGUGUAGAGGAAAACAUUUCCGGCAGUUGUCAUGCAGACCGUCGGCAUGGCAACUGACUGUUGGCAUGGCAACCGACUGUUGUCAUGGCAACUGACUGUUGGCAUGGCAACGACCGUCGGCAUGGCAACAGGUUCGGCCAUGUUGUCGGUUGAAAAGAUUGGGCCGGAUCUACUUUACUUACUAACAGUUGUAAUUUGAGUGAGAGAGAGAAUUUGACUUUGUGUAAAGAGGUUUGCAUUGAUGGGUUCUUAUAUCAGGGGUGGACCAAAGGUUUACGAUACUCUCUGUGGGAAGCAGGCAAAAAAGAGAGCGUAGUUUUGCAAAGAAACACCCCUUUAAAAUGAAGUGGUCCAGCCCUGAUGUAGAUAAGUUGUGUGGGGGGUAUACAUGUACUAGGAUUCUCCAAGCAGAUGUUGGGGGGGGGGCAAAGUCGUUUCCUUUUUCUAGCCCCCAGUCCCUGUUACAAACUGUCCCCCAUAGUUGUGAAACGAACGGCCAGCUAGAAAAACGUUACAACUUUGCCCACCAGACACCUGCUUGGAGAACAUUACAGUACUACCCAGCAUAGUGCAGAACAUACUGUGCCUGUGUGAAACCCUUAUAGUAUCAGAACGUCUCAUAUGAGGUCCCAUUUAAAGUUAACAUCCCGUCUGUAGUUUCUAAACGUUAGGUCAGAAAAGAUUCCUCUGCAACAGGCAAAAUUCUGAUGCAACGUUGACCAAAAUUCUGACAAAAACUGUAAAAUCUGGAUUUCGCACAGGCACAGUACGUUUUGCGGACAUGCUGUUUGAAGAAUACUACAGUACUACCGCCACACGGACCCAUCUGUGUACAUUAUAAGGACGGUUCCUGUUCUACGGGUUUGUCGGAAGGUUGGAGGAAGGUUGCUGCGCACAAGUGUGUCCUGGAAAGGCCGAGGCCACGUUAGAAAAAAAUUAUCGUCUCUUCUCACCAUCAGUUUAUGCUACCUGGAAUUUCGGCAGCAUCUGUAUUUGUAUCUGUAUAGCUGGUAUAACCGCCCUUCGGCGUAACACACCAGCUUCUGUAUCUGUAUAGCCGGUAUAACCGCCCUUCGGCGUAACACACCAGCUUCUGUAUCUGUAUAGCAAGUAUGACCAACCUUCGGCUUAACGCACCAGCCUGGGUGCCAUCCUCCAUAGUUUCCCCCGGCUCCCUAAUGUUGCUGGCCACCACCUUAGGUGGUGACAUUAGGAAGCCGGCGAAAGCUACGGAGGAUGGCACACAGGCUAGUCCGUCUAAAGAGGUUGUUUCUGUAUGGUUUUUUCCUGAAGUCAUGUUCAGCCCUUUUCCUGUCAACUUUUGCUGUAACCAACGCAGUUUGCAGGCAAAUUUUUAAGUUUUUCAAAAGAAUUUCUUGAGACACAAGAAAACAGUUACUUGAGCAACUGGAUAGAUAUGUAAAAAAACUGUCGGAGACGUUUCAAGGAGGAAAGAUAGUGGAUGCUGCUUGAAACGUUUUUAAAACACAUCCAAUUGCUUGAGUGGAUGUAACCAUGUCUUACCUUCAUCGACAUAGGUGAGGCAUACUACAAAGUACCAAACACCUCAUAGAAAGUUCAAGCACGAUACUCCAUCGAGUUUGAAUUGUCCGGGAGUAUAUUUUGUUACCUUCAAAUCUUUGUCAAUGUGUACAGAAUAUCUUAGAAAGAUGCAGAAAUGUCUGUUUUAUGAAACACAGCCGUAUAAACAAUGGUGAGAAGAGACACAGGCCAGGAUAUAUCCAGGAGUUGUUAAAAUAAUUAUUGCUGUUAGUCGGACACAGAAACCGAGGUUAGCUAGCUCUACUGGUCAUCAGCCAGAGGCAAACGGAUGACGAUAUUUUGUAAUAAUUUCUGCUUUUAAUGUUUUCUGUGCCGACACCAACCAUUUGUAUGUACUCUUUUGAUAAAGUGUAUCUCAGCAGCUUGGUAAUCACACAAUAAAGAGAAUUAUAAGUUCA